AUGAUUGAGUUUACUGUUUUCCAAGGCUCGGAGAGCGGGAAGAUUGUUGAAGGCCGCACCCGGCGCCCUGGGGCUACAGAGAAUGAAGUGCUCGUACGCAUCACUCAUUCUGGCCUCUGUGGCACCGACGAGCACUAUAAAAAUGCAAAUAUUGUCCUCGGGCACGAGGGUGCCGGAACAGUGGAUGCCAUCGGCCCAAAAGUCACCUCACUCAAGAUUGGCGACCGCGUCGGCUGGGGCUAUGGGCAUGGCAGCUGCCGCAAAUGCAAGUACUGCCUGCGCGGGGAAGAGCUAUAUUGCAACCAGCGCGAGAUCUACGGUGAAACUCACCUGGAUGAAGGCUCCUUUGCUCAUGCGGCGAUAUGGCGCGAGGACUUCCUUUACAAGAUUCCUGAUGAACUGUCGAAUGCCGAAGCGGCUCCAUUGAUGUGUGCUGGGAGUGCAGUAUUCUCGCCGCUACAUAAAUUCAACGUCCGGCCAACUGAGCGUGUUGGGGUUAUCGGUAUUGGCGGACUCGGCCAUCUGGCCAUCCAGUUCGCAUCAAAGAUGGGCUGUGAGGCUGUAGUGCUUUCGAGCACGGAGUCUAAGCGCGCAGAGGCAAUGAGUCUUGGAGCCAGUGAAUUCCAUGUUUCCUUGACAGACCCUCCUGAGAUGGCACCCUUGGAUCAUCUGCUUGUUACCUCCGGGCAGCAACCCAACUGGGAAGCAAUCUUCCAGAUUAUGGCUCCGGGGGGUACAAUCUAUGCUCUUACAGUUGACAUGGGCGAGAUGAAGUUUCCGUAUCUACCACUAGUCAUGAAAGCUCUGCGGAUCCAAGGUAGCCUGCCUGCAGCCCGGGGAAGCCAACAGGAAAUGCUGCACUUUGCUGCCCGCCAACUUGUCAAACCUAUUGUGAUGACCUUUCCUUUGACUAGAAGCGGAAUAGAGGAGGCGAUGGAGGCACUGCGACAGGGAAAAAUGAGGUAUAGGGGCGUUUUGGUUCACGAGGGUUGA